AUGGCAGGGGGGAGUGGUAACAACAAUGACGGGGGUGAUUUGAGUGAGGUUGUGAGACAGUUAGCAGUGGUAGGCCAACAGUUGGCCAGGAACUCGAACAACAAUGGGGAUGCUCAGGGUGAGCUUUUCAAAAAGGUUGCCCAAAGUAAACCACCAACCUAUCAAGGAGAGCCUGACCCUACCAUACUGGAAAAUUGGUUAAGGGAAUUUGAGAAGUUGUUUGGUGUAGUCGGGUGCCUAGAAAAUUCUAAGGUGGGCUAUGCUACCUAUUACUUAAGAGGUGAAGUUGAUCUUUGGUGGCAACAAAAUGAAGCGACUAUUAGAGCAUUACCAGGAUUCAAUUGGACCAAAUUCCAAGAGAAAGUGAGAGAUAAGUUCUAUCCUAGCUUCUUACAGAAGCAGAAGGCUGAGGAGUUCUCAAACCUUAGGAUGGAGAAGAUGUCAGUGACUGAAUACUAUACUAAGUUUAUUGAGCUAUCUCGUUUUGCUGAGGAGUCGGUUACUACGGAGAAGGCAAAGGCUAGGAAGUUCGAGAGUGGUUUGACUACUGAUUUACAGUUAAAGUUGUGCGGACAGGUCUUUGAAACUUUGAAUGAAGUGUAUGGGAGGGCCGCACACCUUUAUGCAUUGGAGGAGAAGAAAAAGAAAGAGUUAGCUGAGAUAGAAGGGAAGGAAAAGAGAAAACAAAUGGGGCAAAAUUCUGGGAACCAACAGGGUAACCAGAACAAUUUCAAGAAGCAGAAAUACCAUCACAACAACAACUUCCACAACAACAACAGUAAUUCUCAAAAUAACAAUCGUCAAGGAGGGCGUAACUUCAAUGGAGGGGCUAAGAACAAUAGCCAAGGGAGUAACAGAAAUGAGAGGCGUUAUUUUUGCAGGAGAUGCAAGAAUAACCAUCCUGGAAAGGACUGUGAUAGAAAUCUGGUUGCUUGUCGUGCUUGCAACAAGUUGGGGCAUAGGGAGUAUGAGUGUUUCUCCAAAGGUUCUAAUGGGAAUAAGCAGAACAAUAAUUCAGGAGGGACCCAAAGGAACUUUCAGGGAAACAACAAUAACUUCAAUGGAAAUAAAGGAACGCAGCAGAAUGGAGCAAAGAACAGCAAUAACAGUAAUAAUGGAAAUAAUCAUCAGAAGGGUGGAACAGCAGGAAAACUGAAUGUGUUGAGUAGGCAUGAGGCUGAUUCCACAAAAGAUGUCAUCACUGGUACUUUUUCUAUACACUCUAUUCCUGUUAAAGUUUUAUUUGAUUCUAGUGCAACUUUUUCUUUUAUCUCAACGAGAAUUGUUUCAAAACUUACAGACUGUUUGAAAACAGUAGAAGCCGUAGAUUUACCAAUAACCAUCCCGACGGGUGGGGUAGUAAAUUGUACCAAAACCUUUAGACAUGUACCUCUAGAGAUCGAAGGGAAAGUGUUUCAGUCUGACCUAAUUGAGUUUGGGUUAAAGGACUUUGAUGUCAUCUUAGGAAUGGAUUGGUUGAGCAAGUAUAGUGCUGAAAUAAGUUGUCGGUCACAGAAAGUAAAAAUGAUCACAAGUGAGAAUGAGGCUGUGACUUAUUGGAUGCAUGGCAAAGCCAAAUGCCCUAGGUUGAUUUCUGUGUUGAAGUUGGCAAAAUAUAUGAAAAAGGGACAUCUAGUGUAUUUCUGUAGUGUGAGAAACAUGGAUCAUGAGGAGGUAACUAAGCCAGGAGAUAUUGAGGUGGUGAAUGAGUUUCUGGAUGUAUUUCCGGACGAGAUUCUUGGAAUGCCACCUAGGAGAGAAAUUGAUUUCACUAUAGAUUUAGUCCCAGGGACAACACCAAUAUCCAAAGCACCAUAUCGAAUGACACCUGUAGAAAUGAGUAAAUUGAAGGAGCAAUUACAGGACUUGUUAGACAAGGGAUACAUUAGACCGAGUGCAUCUCCUUGGGGAGCACCAGUUCUGUUUGUCAAGAAGAAAGAUGGGAGCAUGAGGUUGUGCAUUGAUUAUAGAGAAUUGAAUAAGGUGAAGAUAAAGAAUAAAUAUCCACUUCCAAGGAUUGAUGAUUUGUUUGAUCAGUUGAAGGGCGCAACUGUGUUUUCUAAGAUUGACUUGAGAUCCGGAUAUCACCAGUUGAGAAUUGCAGACGAAGACAUUCCUAAGACUGCAUUUAGGACGAGGUAUGGACACUAUGAGUUUACAGUAAUGCCAUUUGGAUUGACCAAUGCUCCGACAAUUUUUAUGGAUCUGAUGAACAGGGUGUUUCAUCAAUUUAUGGACAAAUUUGUAGUAGUGUUCAUAGAUGAUAUAUUGGUGUAUUCAAAAAGCAAAGAGGAGCAUGUAGAACACCUGAGGGCAAUUCUGCAAACACUAAGAGAAAACAAUCUUUAUGCUAAGUUCUCUAAGUGUGAAUUUGGUUGGAAAAGAUCAGCCAAAAUCGAAGCUGUGAAGGGUUGGCCUACGCCCAAAACAGUAUCCGAUGUUCGGAGUGUCCUAGGUUUAGCAGGAUAUUAUAGGCGUUUUGUGAAAGAUUUCUCGAAGAUUGCUAAACCUAUGACUACUCUUAUGAAAAAGGACAAGAAUUUUGAGUGGGAUGAUAAGUGUGAAGAAGCAUUCCAACUCUUGAAAGAGAGAUUGAUUACAGCACCAGUGCUGACUCUGCCAGACGAUAGUGGGAUUUAUGAUGUGUAUAGUGAUGCAUCAAAGAAUGGUUUGGGGUGCGUGCUUAUGCAAAAUGGGAAGGUAAUUGCAUACGCAUCAAGGCAGUUGAAGACCCAUGAGGUGAAUUAUCCAACCCAUGAUUUGGAACUUGCUGCAAUUAUCUUUGCACUAAAGAUCUGGCGUCAUUACUUGAGAUGGUUGGAGUAUACUACGGAUUAUGACUUAGACAUACAAUAUCAUGAAGGAAAAGCAAAUGUAGUUGCGGAUGCUCUAAGUCGUAAGAUCAGUCAUGGAUUGAAUACUUUGGUAGUGGCUAACGAGUUAUGUAGGGAAAUGAGCAGAAUGAACUUAGAAGUUGUAGAAUGGGGAGUACCAGCUGGCAUUCUUGCGAACUUGACUAUCCAACCAACUAUAUUCGAUGAAAUAAGAGAAAACCAGGCAGGAGAUGUGAAAUUGGAUAGGAUUCGUGAGAAAAUAAAGCAAGGCAAAGCUACAAAUUUCAAAAUUCAUGAAGAUGGAAGUUUGAGGUACAAAGGUCGAUGGUGUGUACCUCAAAAGUGCGAGGAAGUGAAGAGAAAACUAAUGGAAGAAGGACACAAUACACCCUAUUCAGUGUAUUCAGGAGGGGAUAAGUUGUACAAGGACUUAAAAAAGGUGUAUUGGUGGCCUAGAAUGAAAAAUGAGGUUGCGAAAUUUGUAGCAAAGUGUCUGACUUGCCAAAAAGUGGAAAUAGAGCACAAGAGACCACAGGGAACUGUGCAAUCAUUGGAAAUUCCUGGAUGGAAGUGGGACUGUAUUUCAACGGAUUUUGUGACUUGCCUUCCAAAAUCAAAGAGUGGAAAUGAUACCAUUUGGUUGUGGUGGACAGACUUACCAAGUCCGCAGUGUUUAUACCAAUGA